AUGCUUCCGCUGGGGGACGAGGUCGCCCUCCACUCGUUGGUCUUCGUGCUGGUCUUACUGGGGACCCGAAGUCCGCUGUGGUCUGCCGUCCUCACCACUUCCUUGUACUGUUUUCUAGCCAUGUUUCGUUUCCCGCAAGUGGCGCGCAGCCGAGCCCGUCUCGUGCUGCAGCCGGUGGGUUGCGGGGCGGAGAGCGCGCGGGUGUCCGUGAUCGCUCACCGGGGCGGCGCGCACGACGCGCCGGAGAACACCAUCGCUGCCAUCAGAGAGGCCAGUAAGAACGGAGCAACCGGCGUGGAGCUGGACCUGGAGUUCUCGGCAGACGGCGUCCCCAUCCUGAUGCACGAUGAGACUGUGGACCGGACCACCAAUGGAUCGGGACCCCUGUGCCAGCUGAGCUUUUCAGAGCUGAGACAACUGGAUGCAGCUGCUAAACACCGGCUCAGGGACAAGUUUGCUGGAGAGAAAAUCCCAACUUUGGUUGAAGCAGUGGAGGAGUGCAUUAAACUGCAGCUCAGCAUCUACUUUGAUGUCAAAGGUCAUCCAGAGGAGGCAGCUGCAGCGCUGACAGACGUGUAUAAGAGACACCCAGUCCUGUACAACAGCAGCAUGGUCUGCUCCUUCGAGCCCAAAGUCAUCUACAGGAUGAGACAGAGGGACCCUGAGGUGGUCACCGCCUUGACCCACAGGCCCUGGAGCCUGAGCCGUCUGGGAGAUGGUACCCCGCGGUUCUCGUCGCCAUGGAAACAUUACUGGAUGACACUAAUGGAUGUGUUGUUGGACUGGGCCCAUCAUCACGUGCUGUGGAGGUUCUGUGGCAUAUCGGCCUUCCUCAUGCAGAAGAACUUUGUGUCGCUGGAUUACGUUCAGUUUUGGGCUCAGAGGGGCGUGGAGGUUGUAGCCUGGACCAUCAACACGGACGUGGAGAAGGCGUACUUCCAGAAGGUGCUACGCAUCAACUACAUCACGGACAGCCUUGUUGGAGACUGUGAACCUCACUUCUGAGGACCUCUGUCUCAUGAAAGUACCAGAGAACUUUGCCCUUAGUGGGGAUCUAAGGUGGAAGAAGAAUGACUGCUUUGUUGGUGUUGACCCUUAGCAGUACAGUUGUGUUGUCUGCACUCCAUAUUUGUGUACUUUUGUAUUCUUCUCACUCUGUUCCUCUCAUAUUGUGAGGAAUCGAGCAGCCGAACAAGAACAACAGAAAAUUAAUCAUAAAUGAAGAUUUCAUUUUUCUCAGAAGAAGUUAAAAAAAUCACUUACUGGUCAUUUAAAAGAUGUUAACCACAACUAAAGUUUAACUUCUCAACCAGCAGAGCAGAAGUAAUCAGAGCCAACACACCAGGAAAGCUGAUCCAAAAGAGGAACCUGCUCCGUCAGUGGAGAGGAAAGAGUACGCAAAUCUAAAUGUCGUACAUGUACGAAAACCCCACAGAACUAAAGCAAAUAAACAAAUCCAAACAGUCUGGA